UCCGUUAUGGAGCAUGCCAUUACCCCGCUGGAACCCCUGCUUCCCUCUGGGAGUUUGAAAUACUGCCUUGUGAUUCUGAACCAGCCUUUGGACAAAUGUUUUCGUCAUCUUUGGCACAAAGCUCUUUUAAAAGCCUGUGCUGAUGGAGGUGCCAACCGCUUAUAUGAUGUCACAGAAGGAGAGAGGGAGAGCUUUCUGCCUGAAUUCAUCAGUGGAGACUUUGAUUCUAUUAGGCCUGAAGUUAGAGAAUACUACGCUAUUAAGGGCUGUGAAAUUAUCUCAACUCCGGAUCAAGACCAUACUGACUUUACCAAGUGCCUUGAAGUGCUCCAAAGGAAGAUAGAAGAAAAAGACCUACAGGAAUCUCUCGUCUACCUGCUCCAACCGGGAAAGCACAAAUUGCAUGUAGAUACUGGGAUGGAAGGUGAUUGGUGUGGCCUCAUUCCUGUUGGACAGCCUUGCAAUCAGGUGACAACAACAGGCCUAAAGUGGAACCUCACACAUCAGACGCUCAGCUUUGGAACACUAGUCAGCACUUCCAACGCCUACGACGGAUCUGGUGUUGUGGCUGUGGAGACGGACUGUCCCCUGCUCUGGACCAUGGCCGUAAAACUCUGACCAGCAC